AUGAGUCCUAUGUUUUACUUCUUUCUUGCCUUAACCGCGGUUUUGGCCGCGACCGCAAGCGCUCUAACUCCCGUUCUUGACACCGAUGGAGACAUCAUAUUCCAUGGCAGAUACUACGUUCUCCCUGUCUUCCGCGGCCAAGGCGGUGGCGUGACUCUCACCAACCCCAAUUUCAGGCCAUGUCCCAGGGGCCACAUCGUGCAGGAAAAAUCCGAGGUCGAGAAUGGCAUUCCCGUAAGAUUCUCAAACUGGAAGCCUAGAGUUGGGUUCGUUCCCGAAACAGAGGACCUCAACAUCAAGACAGACUCCGGUCAGGUGUUAUGCCGCCGUGAUAACUACUGGCGGGUCGAUGAGUUCGACACGGGGAAUAAGAACUGGUUUCUUGUGUCUGCUCAGAAACCAACUCCAGAUAAUGCGUUCAGGAGUUACUUUCAGAUCCAGAAAGUCGGAAAUAACCUUAAUGCUUACAAGAUUAUGUUCUGUCCUGGGGCUUGCAUCGAUGUCGGGAUCUUUGUGGAUGAAAACAGCGUUCGGCGUUUGGCUUUAACCAAUGAACCUUUCUUGGUUAUGUUCAAGAAAGCUAAUGAGACAACAACGACUAUGGUGGAGACUAUGUGA